GCUGUUCUGGGAUCAGUUCAGAGUUUAUUUUUUCGUCCUCCGUCGUCCUCUGCAUGGACUCCGCUCCGUCCGCGUGUGUUGGCGGCCGCCGCUCGCUGUCCUCGCAUGGCCGCAGCCGCCUGCAAGUGCCCGCUUCCUCUGGCCGUCUUUAGGCGCUCCCUGUCGGUGGCCCCGCGGAGCUCCGGCGCCGCGCCCCGUUCCCUCCUCCCGGGCUGGAGGCUCGGGGAGCGGGGCCUGACGGAGGCCGUCCGACCCUCCAGCGCCCUGAGACCCGCGGGCUUGUACCGACAGCCAGCCUUCUUCUGUUUGUUCUGCCAGGAGUCCAUGAGCCAGAGUCUGCGGACCUGCUACCGGUACCUGAACCAGACCAGCCGGAGCUUCGCGGCAGUGAUCCAGGCGCUGGACGGGGAGCUCAGACAUGCUGUUUGCAUCUUCUACUUGGUCCUCCGAGCGUUGGACACAGUGGAGGACGACAUGAGCAUCCCCUUGGACAGGAAGGUCGCCAUGCUGAAUGACUUCCACACCUACCUGUACCAGGCUGAGUGGUCCUUCACUGAGAGCCAGGAGAAAGACCGUCAGGUUCUGGAGGAUUUCCCCACGAUAUCUUUAGAAUUCCGAAACCUUGCUCGGGAAUACAGGGAUGUUAUCUCUGACAUCUGCCACCGCAUGGGAGUGGGAAUGGCUGAAUUCCUGGAAAAGAAUGUGGGAUCCAUGAAGGAAUGGGACCAGUAUUGCCACUAUGUGGCGGGGCUGGUGGGCAUCGGCCUUUCUCAGCUGUUUUCGGCGUCUCAGCUGGAGGACCCUGAGGUGGGCCGAGACACAGACUUGGCCAACUCCAUGGGCCUGUUCCUCCAGAAGACCAACAUCAUCCGAGACUAUCUAGAGGACACACAAGAGGGACGUGCCUUCUGGCCACAAGAGGCGUGGAGUCAGUUUGCACGUCGCCUGGAGGACUUGGCCCACCCGGAGAUGCUGGAGUCGGCAUUGUCGUGUCUCAACCUGCUGGUCACAGAUGCCCUGCGACAUGUCCCGGAUGUCAUCGCCUACUUGUCCCGCCUCCGCAACCAGAGUGUCUUUAAUUUCUGCGCUAUUCCACAGGUGAUGGCAGUAGCGACUCUGUCAACAUGCUACAACAACCCCCUGGUGUUCCAGGGAGUGGUGAAGAUCAGAAAGGGACAGGCGGUCACAUUCAUGAUGGAAGCCACCAACAUGAGAGCCGUACAGACCAUCAUCUCUCAGUACAGUCAGGAGAUUGUGCAGAAGGUCUCUCUCACCGACCCGUCGCGGGACAAGACUCUGCACAUCCUGGAAGUAAUCCAGGAGAAGUCGGCGCUCUUGGAGCCCUGCCUGUCAUCCAGGACACCCCGUCUGUCUCCCAUGUACCUGUCUGCCGCCAUGCUGCUGGUGGCUUUCAGCUGGCAGUACCUGAGUGGCGCAGCGUCACCGGCUCAAACCUGCAGCGACGCGCAGGGACAGUGAGCGCUAUGCCGCAUCAGCCGGAUUAAAUCAUGGACUUUGCAGCACGCCUCCUUCGUUCAGGACCACAGGACCACAGGCGUAUUGGCGACAGACACAGCGGAGCGGGUCGUGGUAGAAACCUGGGGUCACCAGUUUGGUGGCGGUUUGUGAUCUCAUGUUUCAAGACGUUCACACCAGCAAAUAGCGCACAAUGAUUUGAAACAGACGAGGAAUAAUUUGUCUUUUUUGUUGAUGUUGCUCAUGUUUCUUAGUUUGAUUUAAACUUUUUGACAUUGUUUAAAUCAUCAGAGUUGCUUGAUAUUGCCAGAGAGAAACUAGUAGAGUGCUCAGAGUGCAUAUAAAGGCCAAAAAAA